AUGGAUACGCUCUCAUGGAUGUUUCUGGCUUUUGCCAUUUUCAUGAUCUCAAGAGCGCUAUUCGCAGACCGCUCACCCAUCCCCGAGACCUCGGGCAAGGUCUACAAAGUCGCCAGCGCCGGCGAGCUGGACGCCCUCCUCUCCUCAACCACCAACGUGGUUGUCGACUUUUACGCGGACUGGUGCCCGCCGUGCCGCGCCAUUGCGCCCGUCUUCUCCGGCCUGGCCGACAAGCACGCCGUGGAGGGACGACUCGCCUUCGCCAAGGUCAAUGUCGACCAUGUCAACAAUGUCGCCGGCCGCUACGGCGUCACCGCCAUGCCGACCUUUAUGUUCUUCCAGAAUGGGAAGCCCACCGGUGUGGCCGCCAAGGGGGUCACGCCUCGCCAGUCUGUAGUUUUCACCGAGGAUGGUCGGGUCGACAAGAUUCGCGGCGCGGACCGGGCGGCUCUGCAAGCUGUGGUGCAGGCGCUGGCUGGUGAGGGAGAGGGCGCGUCUGUGGGGUCGGAGUCGAGCGGCGGCAUCAAGAAGGAGUGA